AUGCAGAAAAUAAGUAAGAAGGAGAAGAAGAGGAGAAAGGAGGGAGGUGAGUGGCCUGUGCCUGGCUGUCUGAUAACUUCAGUUCGGACUGUGGGACGGCCCCGGGAAGAGGCGCUGCAGUGUCCCACACGCUCUCUGACGUCACGCCAGAGUGCUCACACCCAUCACACUGAACGCCAUUACUGCUGCCAGCAAGGUGGGAGGAGAGCCAAGGUUGCAGACCAGAUCAGUAAAGUCCAGGGGGUCAAGAAGAUUCUAGUGGCUCAACAUGACUGCUACAAAGGACUUUUACCAGAGGAAUUGACUCCUUUGAUUCUUGCUACCCAGAAACAGUUCAACUUCACACACGUCUGUGCAGGAGCUUCUGCUUUUGGGAAGAAUCUCCUUCCCAGAGUGUCAGCCAAGCUGGAUGUUGCAACUCUCUCUGACAUCACCGAGGUCAAAUCUCAAGACACCUUCGUUAGAACAAUUUACGCUGGUAAUGCCCUGGCCACAGUGAAGUGCAAUGAGGAAGUCAAGGUGUUCACAGUGAGGGGAACUUCCUUUGAACCUGCUGCUGUGGAGCGAGGCAGUGCUGCUACUGAACAGGUUGCCUCACCCUCUCCUGCGGGGAUGUCAGAAUGGCUUGAGCAGAGCCUGACCAAGAGCGAUCGACCAGAGCUCACUAGUGCCAAAGUGGUGGUGUCCGGAGGACGAGGGCUGAAGAGCGGUGAGAACUUCAAACUGCUGUACGACCUGCAGGAUGUUGUGAAUGCAGUGGGGGCUUCCAGAGCUGCUGUGGAUGCUGGCUAUGUCCCCAAUGACAUGCAGGUUGGCCAGACUGGCAAGAUUGUAGCACCUGAACUCUACAUCGCAGUGGGCAUCUCUGGAGCUAUUCAGCACCUGGCUGGGAUGAAGGACAGCAAGAUAAUCGUUGCCAUCAACAAAGAUCCAGAGGCACCUAUUUUCCAGGCUGUUCCUGAGAUGACUGCAGCAUUGAAGAAGUGAUCGCCAUCAUGAUCCAACCAAGAUCCUAUAAUACUCCGAAAUCUGAAGACGAAACAUUAACCCCUUAUAAGCUGCCAGUUUUAGCUACCCAAAAGAAAAUCCUGCCUUAAACUGCAUUUCAUGCUUCUUGUGCAUUUUGAAAUGGG